GUGCGGCGGGGGCGGGCGCCAGGGGAGGAGUGAGUUCAGCGCUGGAGCAGCAUCUGCUCCGCGUCAGAGCCGGCGGGCGGCCAGGCCAACACGGAGGUCCAGCUCUCUCCCCGCGUCCCGUCUGCCGCGGUGCAGGGCCUGGGGCCUCGUUGGCUGGCCGGGGGCCGUCUGUGGCAUAAAUUGGAGCCGUGGGCUCUUGCUGGGACUUCAGCUGUCUGCAGCUCAGCGCCAGCCGUCCCGCCUCCUGCUGGGUGAUGGGAGCCCCACGUCUGGCCUUCCCCUGGGUGGCCGCCCUCUGGGCCCUCCUCCUGGCCUCGCUGGGCAGCGCAGCUGGCCAGCCGCUGGGGGCAGAGCCCAUGUGCACGGCCCAGCCGCUGGCCAGGUACAGCAUCACCUUCACGGGCAAGUGGAGCCAGGCGUCCUUCCCCAAGCAGUACCCGCUCUUCCGCCCUCCCGCCCAGUGGUCGUCCCUGCUAGGGGCGGCACACAGCUCGGACUACAGCCUGUGGCGGAAGGACCAGUACGUGAGCAACGGGCUGCGCGAGUUCGCGGAAAGGGGCGAGGCCUGGGCGCUGAUGCGGGAGAUGGAGGCGGCGGGCGAGCGGCUGCAGAGCGUGCACGGCGUGUUCUCCGCCCCCGCCGUGCCCAGCGGCACCGGGCAGACGUCCGGGGAGCUCGAGGCCCACUCCAGGCACUCGCUGGUGUCCUUCGUGGUCCGCAUCGUGCCCAGCCCCGACUGGUUCGUGGGCGUCGACAGCCUGGACCUGUGUGACGGCGGCCGCUGGCGGGAGCAGGUGGCCGUGGACCUGUACCCCUACGAUGCCGGGACUGACAGCGGCUUCACUUUCUCGUCCCCCAAUUUCGCCACUGUCCCGCAGGACACGGUGACAGAGAUCACGGCCUCCUCUCCCAGCCACCCCGCCAACUCCUUCUACUACCCGCGGCUGAAGGCCCUGCCCCCCAUCGCCAGAGUGACUCUGGUGCGGCUCCGGCAGAGCCCCAGGGCCUUCGUCCCACCCGCCCUGGACCUGGGGGCCGGGGGCAACGAGAUCGUGGACAGCCUUCCAGACCCUGAGACGCCGCUGGACUGCGAGGUCUCCCUGUGGUCGUCCUGGGGGCUGUGCGCCGGCCCCUGCGGGCGGCUGGGAGCCAAGAGCAGGACACGCUACGUCCGCGUGUGGCCGGCCAACCAUGGGGCGCCCUGCCCGCCACUGGAGGAGGAGGCCCCCUGCGACCCCGAUAACUGCCUCUGAUACCCGCGCCCGCGCCCGUGCAGAGACUGGCCCCCGGCCCGGCUGCGAAAUACCUCAGACCUGGGGCCCCGGGUCACCGGCCUCGUCAGGGUCCCGUCCCAGCUCCAGAAUAAAGGCCGGUGUCUCCCA